AUGGAUUGGAAUUUUCUCAAAAAGGAUUGGAAUUAUGCAUUAAUUGGCCAAAAAGUUGCUUUAAAAGAAAUAAAAGAUUCUAGAUAUGAUAUAGCUGAAUUUCUUAAAGUGCAAAUAGCUACUAAUAGUGAAUAUAUUGCUUCUCAUUAUGGAAUUUCAAAAAAUCCUUCUACACAAAACUACAUUUUUGUUAUGAAUUUAUUUAGUGAUGACUUACAUGGUUUUUUAAACAGGAAUUAUUUGGAUUUAGAUUGGGAAUUGAAAAUAGACUCACUAUUGUCAAUGGCAAGUGGUCUUGAAAACUUACAUGCAAGAAAUUUAGUUCAUU